UGCCACGCCAGCGCGCGGGGGACGGGGGAAGGAGACGUCGCCAUGGCCCUUUUAAGAGCCAACCUCGCUUCCCCCUGAGGCGCGGGCGUCCGCGAGGCUGCGCGCGACUUCCGGAGCCCGACGUCGCCUUUUUAAGAACAACCCCCCGCGGUGCCGGGCCCGCCCCCCGGCGCGCGGCAAGUCAGGGGCUGGCGGAGUAGCGCGGCCGCUGCAGUGGAGCAGCGGCCCGCGGCGGCAACGCAGCAGCUUAUGGGGGCGCUGAGCCGGGUGACAGUGGCGGCAGUGGCGGCGGCAGCGAAGGCGGGCAAGCAGCUGGCGGGCCGGCGGCGGCGGCGGCGCUGGCGGCGGUGACAGGCGCGGGCGGCGGCGACGCGGUGGAGGAGCGGAGCGCGGAGCGGCGGGGAGUCGGGGCGCCGGGCCGCCCCCAGAGCAUCGUCCGCGGGCCGCCAGGCCCCCCGCAGCCGGGGCGGUGGAGCGCCGGGGUAGAGGCCGGGCCCCCCCCAUGACGGAGCGCGCCGCGGGCCCGGCCGAGCGCGGCAAGCCGGCCACCUACACCGGGGACAAGAAGGCGAAGAUGGCGGCCAAGACCAACAAGAAGUGGGUCCGGCUCGCCACCGUGUUCGCCUACGUGCUCUCCGUGUCGCUGGCCGCCAUCGUGCUGGCCGUCUACUACAGCCUCAUCUGGCAGCCGGUGGGCGCCGGGACCUCGGGGAGCUCCGCGGGCCCGCCCCCGGGGACCAACGGCUCGGGCCCGGCCGGGACGUCGGGGGCGGCGGAACCCAACGCCACGGGGCCGUCCCGCCGCGCCGAGCCCCCCGCCGCCGGGCCGCGGGCAGCGCCGCUCGAGCGGGCGCCGGGACGGGGCGGCGGGCGCUGAGCUCCGGGAGCGGCGCCGGGCUGCUGCACUACGGGCCGAGCACCGCGGCCGCGCCGGCCAGCGCCUCCGCAACCGGACCUCCAGCCUCGGCGCCACUGCGUGGGGAGGGGCCCCGGCUGCGAUCCUGCGCCGACCGCCCGCCCGCGUGUGUCCCACUGGAGUGCAGGGAGACUCUGGCUCCCCCAGACUCAGGGGAGGGAGGGGGCGCAGGGAGCCUUCCUUCGCUAAGCUGAAGCUCUCGCCAGCCAGGAGGAGGGCACCCAGAGUAGUGGAGCUCAGGUACGGAGACCUAGUUGCAGUGGCCACGGAGGCUUGGCAUUUCCAGAUCCCUGUAGAGCUGUCGCCAUAUGCACUCGCAGCUAUACCGACGCGAACCGUGUGUAUCCGUCCUCCCACACUCUGGGGAGUUGCUGGCUGAGGGGUCGAGCGAGGGCUAUCUGCUGACCCCCCCACCAUGGCAGCUAGCCAGAAGGGCACAAUUAUUGUUGCUUUUAUUUUCUUUUAAAUCAGCCCCCACUCACUCUCCUGUUUGACAAAGAUAGUAUAAUCAUCCCGGGACCUGUUAAAGGACUCUAACAUGGAUGUAACAUGGCUUAGGAAAAGAGGCUGCCUCUUCUCCCCACUCCAGCCACCCCGAACCCCCCUCCCGCCCCCCACCAGUCUCCCACCAGUCUUCCUGUUGCAGCCUUCAGUGUCUGGGCGGAGGCCAGGGAAGGGGGGUGGGUAGGCCUCUGCUGCUGUGUUCUGUCCUUGGCCCCUUCACAGCCCUCUGGAGGAAGAGCAAGCUUCUGGAGUCCAGAGUGGCUCACAAGUGUUUUAUCUAUAUUUUCCCCCUGCUCCUCAAGAUCAUGUCUUGAUCCUGUUACUACCUGUCCUCCCCUUUUCCCUGAACCUUAGUGACAGCUCACCCUACACAGAGAACAAUCUUUUAGGAGAGCAGAGCUUUGAGUCCCCAGGUUGGGAGACAUCUCAGGAGAGGACAGGAUUGAAAGAUGGACUCCAAACUGAGAGUUGUCCCGGGAAGGCUGAUUCCAGUCUCCUUUACCACCCCUGGUAAACCCUUCUUAUAUGCAGCCUGUAGGCAUGAAAGGAGCACUGUGGAGGGGAAAUGCCAUACACACAGCACGAGGACAGCAUGUUUUCAGUUUGGAUUCUUUUUCUUCCUGCCACUUGUUUUCAGGCAGUGUGGGUAGUGACAAGCUAUCAACCCCCUUAGUGUUUCCUUUUUGGGGAUAUGAGGCACUUCAAAAGAAAAAAGAUAAAAACUUAGCCACCUGAGUCCUGAAACAGUUUGUCUCCAGUUUUCUGGCCUGUGCUCAAGUUAGCUGUGAUCUAAGUUCACAGGACAACAGCCUGUGUCAUGCCAUUCCCUGUUGGGGACCAGAUAACAGCAGCUGAGCUAUCACUGGCUCAGGCCAGGCUGGUCACACCCCCAGAGUGUCUUGGCUAGAGAUUUCCUGAGUAAUUAAGAAAAGCCUAAGAGGCCUUUUUACAUUUUGGGUGGGAGUGGUAGGGGGAGAAGUAUAUAAUGCCACUUUAUAACUUUAACUAUAACCUGUGAUUUAUAUUUAUUGUGUGGAUUUUUAGUCCUAUAUUUUAAUAAUUUGUAAACUGAUCUCUUAUUCCAAGAAUGCUUUGAACUCGCAAGAGGACAUCAAGGAGUCCGGUCCUCUGUCCACUCCUGACUCCUGAAUUCUGAACUGUAAAACACACUUGGGACCAGAUCACAGAAUCAAGAGAGACCCCCCUCCCUGGGCCAGCCACUGGCCUGCUGACUCUGAAGCCUUCACUGGAAUUGGGACAUUGACUCCAGCACGCGCCUCAUACCCAGCCAGAGACAUUAUUUAUAAUUCAGCCAUUUAAGAUAUUACAUGUUCUAAAAAAAAAAAAAAAAAAAGCCCUGUAUAUUUUUUACAAGUUUUAUUUUUCAGGUGAACAAAAUACAUUCUAAGAACUCUA